CGGGAAGGGCGAUCCGCUCCCUGGCCGGCCGGGCGCACUUCCGGGCCCAGUAGCGGCGUGACGUCAGCUGGAGGGCAGGGAAGCCUGCAGGAGGGCAGGACUGGUCCACGCAGUGACAGAGGAACUCCAGGUUGACUGCCUCCAGGGCGAGGACCCUAGACAGCUCCCAAGAUGGGUGAAAGGAAAGGUGUCAACAAGUACUACCCUCCGGACUUCAACCCCGAGAAGCAUGGCUCCCUCAAUCGAUACCACAACAGCCACCCACUUCGGGAGCGGGCCCGGAAGCUGUCCCAAGGCAUCCUCGUCAUCCGAUUCGAGAUGCCAUAUAACAUCUGGUGCGACGGCUGCAAGAACCACAUCGGCAUGGGUGUGCGGUACAAUGCAGAGAAGAAGAAAGUGGGCAACUACUACACGACCCCCAUCUACAGGUUCCGGAUGAAAUGCCACCUGUGCGUCAACUAUAUCGAGAUGCAGACAGACCCCGCCAACUGUGACUAUGUGAUCGUGAGCGGUGCCCAGCGCAAGGAGGAACGCUGGGACAUGGCGGACAACGAGCAGGUGCUGACCACAGAGCAUGAGAAGAAGCAGAGGCUGGAGGCGGACGCCAUGUUCCGCCUGGAACACGGGGAGGCGGACCGCAGCGCGCUCAAGAAGGCCCUGCCCACGCUGAGCCACAUCCAGGAGGCCCAGAGCGCGUGGAAGGACGACUUCGCCCUCAACAGCAUGCUGCGGCGGAGGUUCCGGGAAAAGAAAAAAGCCAUCCAGGAGGAGGAGGAGAGGGACCAGGCCCUGCAGGCCAAGGCCAGCCUGGCCAUCCCCCUGGUGCCCGAGUCGGAGGACGACCGCAGGCUGGCCUCCCUGCUCAGGUUCCACACCCUGGACUCCUACGAGGACAAGCAGAAACUCAAGCGCUCGGAGAUCAUCAGCCGCUCCUGGUUCCCCUCCGCCCCGGGCCCCGGCAGCGCCAGCAGCAAGGCCAGCAGCGUCCUGAGGAAGCUGGCCCAGGGCCGCAGGUGCGCACCCAGCAGCUGCCCCAUCACCGUGGAGGACCUGGGCAUCGUGCGGCGGCCUCGAGACGUCCCUGGGAGCCCCCAGCCCACGGCCGAGAAGGCCAAGUCCAGAGAGCCGCAGGCACCUCAGGGGACCACCCAGGACAGACCCGCGUCCUCCCAGGACGGCUCUGAGGAGACAGCGAACCCCAAGACCUGCGGACAGUGGGGGCAGGAGGGGAACGGUCAGGACAAGUCCCGGCCCCCAUCAGGCUCCUCCCUGGAGGCACCGGACCCUCCAGGCACACUGCAGCCCGGCAGCCUGAGCUCCUCUCUGGUGGCCGACUACUCUGACUCCGAGAGUGAGUGACGUGGACUGGACCCCUCGGGGCCAUUAGAGCACCCAGGCCCUGGCCCACACCCCGGAGCGCCCCCUCGCCGCCCCUCCCCCUUGCCCUCCUCAGCGAUGGAUUGCUAUUUAUUUGGUCCUGGUGAGGGCCUCGUGCCUUGUGGGACCCGCAUCCCCACAUUAAAGCCCUGUUCUCUGCCCGGCCUUGGGUCGCUGGACAGGCCCAGGGGCUGUC